AAUGGAAGGACCCGAUAGAACCUGCACGAUGAACAACGAAUAUAGGAACAGCUUGGCCAACAUGGAAGAAAUCAAUCUGGAGGAUGCAGACGGAACCAGCGUAGAAUUCAGAGUUCUGAUGGCCUACGCACAGCGUCGACUGUCUGCGAGCAAAUAUGGGCAAUUAUUGGAAAGAGAAUCCGGAGUCCAGGAGGAAAGGAGAGAGGUUGUGCCAGCUGACACUCUGGCCAAGGAAGAAGAAGUGACCCUCCCAGAAAUUUCUCCAGAAGAUCAUAAACCACCAAAGCCGAAGGACCAGAAGAAGGCAAAGAAGAAGAAGAAAGCAAAGACGAAGACAAGAACCAACUGGAAAUACUUUUGUGUUCCUUCUUGCCUAAGGCCACAAACAAGGGCAGCCAGGAACCUUCAAGUAUCCUUAAAGCAGGACUCUGUCAAUGGCCAUGCCAUGAAGCUGAUCCCCAGGAUUGAGGGUUUAUCAGAUGACCUGGAUAUCUCUCGUGUGGCAGAGAGACUCGUUGAGAUAGUGGAUCAUUCCAGAUGUCCCGGUGGGAAGAAGGGCACCCCAGUACUGGAACGUGCAUUGAGUCUAGAAGAAGAUGGUGGCUUAGCCAGCAAGCCAGUCCCACCAGCUGGGCUUGAUGGACUGGACAAUGAAGAAAAUGUUAUUGAUGCAAUUGUUGCCUUGUUACGGAAGUCAGGAGAUGAGCUGGAGGAAGAGAUGAGGAAGGAUAAGACCUUCUGUCAGAGUAUCUGGAAUAUGAUGACCUCCUAUGCCUUCUUCAGGAGAGUGACAGACCAGUUCCUUGAGGAGAUGCCCAUAGACUCCACAGUGAAUUCAGAGGAUGAAGUUAAGAGCAUGAAAGUUGCAUUGAUUAUGGAAGCCACCACCAGACUCACUGCCGUGGACAAUCAUCCCAUGAAUCUUGUGCUGGGCUUUGGAACAAAAUACCUGCAGGAAAACUUCAGCCCUUGGAUCCAAAGCCAAGGGGGAUGG